CACUUCCUCAAACUCCCCGUGGUUGUGUGUUUGUCCAGCCUGCACGCGCUCAGUCAACAACACAUCCUCCCCUCGCGAGCAGGAAACGAAACCGAGCUUCAGACACACUCGGCCGGUGUCUGACUGUGCGCAGCCCGGAGCUGCUGGAGGUCUAAUGGCAGGUCUGAGGAGCGGAGCACGAGCGACAGAAACCCGGCAGAGAGCGGCUGUCCUCGCGCUCCUCACGCUGCUCACCUGCAGCGUCAGGUGUGCGGAAACAGCGCGAGGUAAACCGAGCAACAUCAUCCUCAUCCUCGCCGACGACCAGGAUGUUGAACUGGGGGGGAUGAACCCGAUGAAGAAAACAAAAGCUUUGAUAGGAGAUGCUGGAGCGACGUUUGUCAACGCUUUCACAGUCACGCCGCUGUGCUGCCCGAGCAGGAGCAGCAUUUUGACCGGUCAGUACCCCCACAACCACGAGGUGAGGAACAACUCGCUGUCUGGGAACUGCUCCAGUCCUCAGUGGCAGAAAGGGCCAGAGUCCGAGGCCUUCCCCCUCUACCUCAACAAACAGAAAUACCAGACAUUCUUCGCUGGGAAGUAUCUGAACCAGUACGGGAGGAAAGAAGGAGGAGAUGUCAGCCAUGUUCCUCCUGGCUGGGAUCAGUGGCAUGCAUUAGUGGGGAACUCGCAGUACUACAACUACUCUCUGUCGGUGAACGGUAAAGAGGAGAAGCAUGGAGACAGUUAUGAGAAGGACUACCUCACCGACCUCAUUACGAACCGCUCCCUUCACUUCCUGGACGACAGAAGUCCUCAGCACCCGUUCUUCCUCAUGCUGUCUCCUCCGGCCCCUCACUCCCCGUGGACCGCAGCGCCGAAGUACCAGAAGGAGUUUAAAGACGUUAAAGCGCCGCGAGACGGGAGCUUUGACAAACCAGGGAAGGACAAACACUGGCUGCUGCGUCAGCCCGUCAACCCCAUGCCCAAUAGCUCGCUCAACUUCCUAGACGAUGCGUUCAGGAAAAGGUGGCAGACUCUGCUCUCUGUGGAUGACAUGGUGGAGACGCUGGUGAAGAAACUGGACAGUAUGAAGGAGCUGGACAACACCUACAUCUUCUACACCUCAGAUAAUGGAUACCACACAGGUCAGUUCUCUCUGCCCAUUGAUAAACGGCAGCUGUACGAGUUCGACAUCAGAAUCCCGCUCAUGGUCCGAGGUCCGGGCAUCAAACCGAACCAGACGCUGAAGGCUCCGGUGCUAAACAUCGACUUGGCUCCCACCAUCCUGGACAUCUCUGGUCUGAACCUGUCGACUGUGAACGUGGACGGCCAGUCCUUUCUCCCACAGAUGGCUCCAUCUCUGCGUAACGGCACUGCUCGUCCAUUUUUCCUCGUUGAGUAUACUGGAGAGGGACAUCCAGAACCUGAUCCGUCUUGUCCCAAACUGGGUCCUGGUCUGUCUGAAUGUUUCCCUGACUGUGUCUGUGAGGACGCCUACAACAACACUUACGCCUGUGUGCGGACGCUGGACAAAGACCAGAACCUGCAGUACUGUGAGUUUGCAGACAGCGAGUCGUUCGUAGAAGUUUACAACCUGACGUCAGACCCCCACCAGCUGGAGAACAUCGUGAAGAAGGUGGACCCGGCCGUCCUGCAGGCCAUGAACCAGCGGCUCAUCAAGCUGCAGUCGUGUGAAGGCGACAGCUGCAGGAACGUCAAGUAAAACCACAGUGGAAGGAAGGCUUCGUUUAUCUGAACGUUUCCAGGAAAUAUUUCCAGCUGUCACAUCGAGACUCGUCUCAGAGGAGAAGUAAAGGUGUUUAAAUCUAGCGAUGGCUGAGUUCUGUUCAGCUGCUUCAGUUUCAGGGUCCUGGUUUUGUGCAUGCUGGCUCACUGACACAACAUCAGCGUUUACUGGGACACCUGAACAGAACGGAGCCGUCGUUAGGGACAAAAGUUUGGGACAUUUAUGUCACAUUUCUUUCUGAGAAGAUUAACACCGUCAUCUCUCAGAACAGAAAAUAUUCACUGUUUUUAGGAGUUUUAUGCAAAGUCUGAUCUAAAGUAACUGAAAGGGAAUUUCUUAAAAAUGUCCGACUUUUCCCUCAAAACACCUUUACUUUUCCUGCUGGAAGAUGUCAGAAUAUCUACUGUGAAAGAUCUACUUUUCUGAGCUGUGCUCAAAUAUCUCCGACUUCCAAGAGAAAGUUAUUUUCUGCUUUACUUUUCUUCCGAGCAGACGGGACAUCAGCCGUUCACUAACAUUCCUGCAUAUAAAUACCACACUGAACCCUCAGGGUUUCUACACCAUCACAGCGUUUUAACAGCAACACAUGAACACAGAGUAAUGACAAACUUCAUCUUUACAACCAACAAAUCACUGGCACUAUUAACAAAUGUCUUUUGAGGAAUAUUUAACAUUUUUCCAAGACUUAAACAAGAAGAUUUACACGUCUGUCUGUUUCAUCCAUGAGCAAAGCGUAGCACUAAGGUAUAAAAUGAUGGGAAACAGCUAAAAGGUUUUCAUGAUACCAGAUUGUUAGUACGAUACUAGUGAAAAUCACACAAUAUUGAUGCAACAAAAAUAUAAGCUAAUAUCAGCUAAUUUUCUAGGAAAAAAAAUGAUAUUUUUUGAGAUAAUUAAGUUGUAAAUUUACAAGAAACUAAACUCGUAAUGUUUGCUUUAAAAUUUCAUAAAUGUAUAGGAAAUAUUUCAAAAAUUCUGAGUUUGAACAUUUUAAAUAUUAACUUUAUAAAUAAGUACAUUUCAAUCUUACAAAGUCAUGAAUUCAUAAGAACAAAUUAAAAAUGUUUGGGUUUAAAAGUUGUACAUUUUUGACUUUAUAAAUACGAACAUUUCCAGUGUUUAAAAUCCUACAUUAAAAAAAAAAAAUUCUAGGUGUUGAUAGUAAAUUUUGACUUUAUAAAUGUGUACUUUCCAAUCUUAUUAAGUCAUAAAUUCGUAACAAUUUUGAAAUCUGUGGGUUUAAGAGUCAUAAAUUUUGACUUUUUAACCUGUUAUUUUGAAAUUUACAAAGCCAUACAUUUCUUAGAACAACUCCAAAGUUGCUGGGCUUCAUAGAUGUAAAUUUUUACUUCAUAAAUGCGAACAUUUCAAGUUUCUAAAGACGUAAAUUUAUAAGAUCAUAUUCAAAAUGUCUGAGUUUAAAAGUUGUUAAUUUUGGCUAAGAAUGCAUAAAAUUCAAGUUUGGGUUUAAAUAUAGUAAAUUUUGACUUUAUAAAAGAAAAACUUGGAAUUUAAAAAUAAAAUUUAUUGGAACAAAUUCAAAAUUGUCUGGUUUGACAGUCAUGACUGUUAAACCAGACAAUUACUUUUAUUUUUUUAGUUUAUUAAGUCUUAGAUUUAUGAAAAACCCCUAACCCAUAAAUUUCAUGCUUACAAAGCCAUAAAUUUUUAAGAACAAAUUGAAAAUUUAAAGUCAAAUUUUACAGAAACAAACUUAAAGACUGUAAGGAUCAGAGUCAUCUAUGGAAAAAUGUUAAGUUGGAGUUGUGAAUUUACUGUGGUUUUUUAACUAAAAAUUUUGUGAUUUUUAAACACAAAAGUUUGGAGUUUUUCUCAUAAAUUUAUGACUUCAUAAAUUUAAAAUUCAGAGUUUUGGUUCUCAUAAGAUAGUAACUUGGAUAAACUCAAAGUUUUCGAGUUUUCUUCUCAUUAAUUAUCAGAUUUUCUUUAUUUUUUAUUUGUAAAGUUGCUCUUAAACGCCGUCAUAAUUCGGCUCAUUCUGGUAAAACCCUAUGACUUUGUGGUAAAAUCGUACGGUGAACCCGGCAUCAUGAUAGCGUUGUACCGUUUGUGUUGAGUCUCUUCACAUCCCUACCUGGUUUUGUUCUUUUCACCUGAAUCUAGAAACGUUCCCUAAUGCUUUCACUUUUGUAUUUUUUUAAACUCUUCAGUACAGUUCUGUUUUCUGUGAUGUAUUUUGACGUCUGCUCCUACUUUCACCUCUGCAGCUCUGAACACAGAUGAAUAAUCUGGGCCCUUCGUAGUUCAGUCUCCGUCUGUGCCACAGUUUUAAUCCUGGUGAAGUUUAUCAGAAUAUUUUUACAGAGUAUUAAUGAUGUCAUUUCUGUGAGCUUUUUUAGAGCAGAGGAUGGUAAUAAUGUGCCGAUACUUCUGAGAUAUGUUGGUUUUCUUGUGAUUGUCGGGAUCCAUUGAGGGAAACGUGAUGAGAUGAAUGCUUUAAUCCUGUGUGCCUUGUGUUUGCACUGACCGGGCUCCUCUGGGCUCUUUUUUAAAUGUGAAUGUAUUUUUGCACUGUGAUGAAAAUGAUUAAAAAUAAAUCAUAAGAGGCAU